AUGCAAGCCCUUCUAGCAGACCGGGCCGAUUCUAUCGACGAAGCAUUCCUUCGAGAACUGUUUUUACAGCGGCUGCCGACCACCGUGCAGAUGGUUCUCGCGACGGCUGAAACCUUGCCCCUAUUCCAGCUGGCGGAGCACGCGGACAAGGUGUUGGAAGUCGCUGUUCCGGGAGCAUUGGUCGGAGCAGUCAAUCAGACGGCUCCACCAUACGCGCCUCCUUCUGGGACCCUUGGCCAUCCAUCCCCUUCAGCGUCCCCCUCUGCCAUCAACGCCAUCAGCGUCGAGCUUGCAUCUGAGCGCGCGGAGAUGCAGCGCCUCUCAGAAUCAGUGGCCGCCCUACAACGACCAAGCCCACGCCGACGUUCCUCAAGUCGUUCCCGCCGUUACCGCUCCCCUCGGAGGUUCAAUAGCCGUACCCCUUCCCCUACCGACGGCACCACUCCACCUCCCUGCUGGUACCACGAGCGUUUUGGCAGCGCCGCCACCCGCUGCACACGACCUUGCGGAUGGUCGGGAAACGAUCAAGGGAAUCGCUGA